CAGUCACAGUCCUCUCUAUUCUCAGUCCUGCCCGGCGAGAUUCGAAACCACAUCUGGAACUACGCUCUUGCCGAUUACCAAGAUGAAACUCAACUCUACGACGACGCGACAUGCUACAAGCGGCCAGACUAUUUGGCACCUAGAAAGACUGACACGGUGUUACUGCGAACAUGCAAGCGCAUCUACCAAGAAGCUUGGUUUCUACCCUGGACCAAUGCCGAGCAGACCUUUUACCUGACAUCAGAUGAUCGACGACCACCAAAAACGACAACUGCGAGAAGAAUGCAGCAGACGCUGUUCGCAAUUGCCAAGACACAGACCAUGCCUGUCAUACAGCAUGUACGAGUGUUUGCACAGCUGUAUAUUCUCGAGAAUGGUGCAAGACUUCAAGAAAUCCUCAAUCUGAAGUUCUUCUACCCGAAAGUCAUCACAAUCACCAUCAGACAUACCGAUUGGUGGUUCUGGGAGAGUGAUGAUAACCUUCGUCUCGAUGCCACAUGGGUCGACUUCUGCAGAUUCCCGAACAGCCUGACUGAGCUGCGCGUGGCCUUCGAGAGUCUUGAACGCAAGAAAGACCAGAUCGAUGAUGUCGCUAGGCAAGCAGCCCAGAACUGGAUCUUCCGCCGUCGAGAUGACACCGAACUCUCAGCGGAGAGCUGCCAGCCCGAAAUCAUGAAAUGGAGCGGAAACGCUACCUGGGGUCAUCGCCGCUGGGUACGUGACGAGACGGGGCCAAACAAACUGGACUACUACGUCUCGACUGUCACAUGGAGA